AUGGCUGUCGAGAUCGAGGUGCCCCCGAAUACCGACCUAUUAGGUCCGAAGCCGGUGGAGAAAUACUUGAAUGCUGACAUGUCCAUGGUGAAGACCCCGUCCGACGUUCCUUUCGACCCAGAGGUGUUGAAAAAGCGGUACGCUAAAGAACGCGAUAAGCGCCGGCAGGAGGCAAAGGCACUUGGCGGCCUAAAUCAGUUUCAACUCGUCGAGACGGACGGGCCAUUCGCUGAAUACCUGCGGGAUCCCUGGGUAGACUCAACCUUCAGUCGGGCUCCUGUGACCGAGGAUGUCGAUGUCCUGAUACUUGGUGGCGGCUACUCCGCACAGAUUGUAGCGUCUAAACUUCUCGUGAAAGGAGUCACUAAUUUGAAGCUUAUCGAUAAGGCCGGUGGCUUUGGUGGCACAUAUGUGACAUUGAGUCAUACAUAUAUAUACCUCUCCUCGAGGAGACAGAAUACAUACCAACGGAGAAAUACGCUCGCGGCAAAGAAUUACUCGCUCAUUCUGAGAGAAUCGGCCAUCAUUAUGACAAUUAAGACCAACAGAGAUGACAAGAUCCGAGCCAAAUUUGUGAUCCCUUAUGCUGGACCCUUACAUCGGCCUAAACUUCCAGGAAUUCCAGGUAUAGAUCGCUUCAAGAAAAAAUCCUUCCAUUCCUCACGAUGGGACUAUGAAUAUACGGGUGGGGACUCAGCUAGCAACUUAUAUAAACUCCGCGAUAAGCGCGUGGGCAUCAUCGGAACAGGCGCCACAGCGGUUCAGAUUGUGCCUUACUUAGGUGAAUGGGCCAAGAAAUUAUAUAUCUUUCAGCGUACGCCUUGUUCCGAAUAUCGCACCAUCAACUUCAACAACCUCUGCAACGGCAUACGGAAAGAGGAAAAUCUAAUUCGUGAUGGCUGGACCGACCUUCUUCCCGCUAUCUUCGGACAGCAAGACCCUAGCCUAACUCCCGACGAAGCUGCUACACCAUGGUACAACGCCAUGUGUAAAAGGCCUUGCUUCCACGACGACUACCUCCCGACAUUCAACCGUCCGAACGUACAUUUGAUCGAUACCAUGGGCAAGAGUCUCGAAGGCGUAGAUGAGACCGGGGUGCUGGCCAACGGCCAACAUUACCCUGUCGAUCUGCUCAUAUACGCCACCGGAUUUAAGCACAGUACCUUCUUCUCACAUCGCUCUAACAUGGAGAUCUAUGGACGCGAUGGUAUUUCCUUGACCGAAGUCUGGAAAGAUGGCCCCCGGACCUUACACGGCUGGAGUGCUCGGAAUUUCCCUAACUACUUCUUCAUUCACAUUAUUCAAUCCACGCUCACGCCCACCUUCAUCCAUGCCGCAAGUGAAACCGCAUCGCAAAGCAUCGAGCCGACCGCGCAAGCCGAGGAGGACUGGGUCAACACCAUCAUCAGACUGGCCACUAAGCGCCUUCAAUUCCUUGCGGAAUGUACACCGGGCUACUACAAUAAUGAGGGCGAAGUGAACCUUUUCGCGGCGAGGGAGUCCGGCCUAGUUUAUGCAAUGGCCACCGAAAUCUCUCCCUGGCGCGCACGUCCUGGCUGUCCUGACCACCUCCGCGGGCCACUUGAGAAGGCUGUAAACGACCUGCCAGUCUCGUUCCUUGUUGAUCCUGCCAACAAGGAGACCUACAACACCAUUGAGGAGUGCUACCAACGCCUAGUUGGAUACUCGCUAUCUCAGGGCUUUGACAUUGUGAGGUCUUCAGGCGGAACACCGAGCAAUCCAGGUAGUUCCUUCCUAUGUAUAUACCACGGCGAUCGCACUCGUAACACACGAGAUCUUGAGGAGUCAGUUGAGGGGGAUAAGGACGGCGUAAUCGUCUCAAAACGCCAGCGGAAUCUGACGCAUAUUCGUGGCACAGGUGCAAAUAAGGCCUUUACUCUUACUACCAAGUCUCUAGAACACACUAGCCACCCAUUGGGCGAUAACCCUUUGAUAUUCAAUGGCCACAGAGAUCGAUUUGCAGACGUUCAGGCCGCAAAGGCGCAGGCGCGUAUCCACCGAUUCAACACCCUGCCAUUCUCUGCUAGUCGCAGGAUCCUCGAUUCCAGCGAAAUAGGCGUUCUUUUGACAUCAAAGGAGUACUAUAAUGUGGUCAGAUAUUUGCCUGCCUCAAAGGAAAGCGCAAAGACAAUUAGUGGCCUAAUCUUUGCUCUGCAGAACGAAGGGUUUGUAUAUGAAACGCGGCUCGAGGAGGUCGUCGACGAGGCUGGCGCAGUGGUUAGUAGGAAGUGCGUACAGAUCUGGUUCUCACACCGUGGCCACCUUGAUGCCGCCGCUCGAUUUAUCGCAGGAUCUGUCUGCAUUAUCGAUGCAACCUUCAAUACAAAUAAGCUGAGGAUGCCUAUGAUCGUUGCAGUCGGUGUGCUGAAUACCAACAAGACCUUUCCUGUUGCGUUCUCGUUCUGUCCGAGUGAGAACCACGCCUCCUAUACCUUCUUUUGGGAGAGCCUCAAGUUGCACUUACCGGAGAGAGUAGUUGCGCCUGCGGUGGUUAUCUCUGACCAGGCAAAGGCAAUCCUGUCGUCGAUUGAGCAGUGUUAUCCCUCAGCGAGUCACCAGAUCUGUGACUGGCACGCGGUGGAAGCGAUGAAGGCAAGGUUCCGUAAAAUGGGCCAUACAACAGACCAAAUCAAGGGCCAGGGCAGUGGCUCUAGAAAGGCCAUUGAAGGCCUCGCCGAUCGCGCCUGGGCCUAUAUCCGUGCGGACACUCAAGAGGCAGUUGAGGCCAGGCGGAACGACCUACAAUUGCGACUAAUCGAACCUAGGUAUCUCGAUGAAUGGCGUGAAAAGGAAGAUCGCGUCGUCACGCUCUUUACGCGCGGACUAUCAAACCUAGGCCAUUCAUCUAGUCAGCGAUCUGAGUCCUAUCAUAACGUUGUUACUCAGAUAACGAACGGUCAAUUACCUCUUGAAGUGGCUGUAAAACGGCUCUGUCAAACGAUCUCAGGAGUGAUCAAAGACAUCGCUCAAUCCGAGAGUUUAUCGCUAGUAGGUUAUCCUAGAGAGGCUCACGGCGCGAUCUUCAAACACCUACGAUUUAAUGUCAGCGACUAUGCCCUCAGAAAGGUGAUUGCCACUAUUUAUUGCCUAGGCAAUUCCUCCUUCCUUGUCGCCACUAUCUCAGACGUGCCUAUUGUAAUGGGAGAAGUUGGAAGUGGUGGAUAG